CACGAGCCACGACGGUAACACUAAACAGUUUCUUUUGUAAAUAAUUUACUUUAAGGUCCGUCUUCCACCACAGUGCCUCUAGCCAUGACAAUUUCAAGUGGAGUGACAACGCUGAUGAUCGGAUGUCGUCAAUAGCAAUCGCCAUUCGAAUAUGAUAAGAGAUAACAGCAUUUGAGGAGCAAGAGCAUAUGGUGCUGUAAGUACGAACAGUACCGGGUCGUAACAGUUUUGAAUUCGUAAACGCGAAGGAUGCCCAAGCAUAAAAAACCAGCGGUUGAGGAUCUCAUCGUUCCUCCUCAGAACACCAAAAUAUGCGGUACGAUAUGCAUGUGUCAGAUGACGGCGGUACUGAGCUGUGUGGCAUUAGUCUACUUGACCGUCGCUAUUUAUAUGCCUUCGAUCAGAGCUUUUCGGUCGGGGAUUGCCACGGACCCGGUCAUGUGCGCCACGACGAGAGCAGUGAAUACUGAUUCUUGCGAUUGGGGCUCUUGCGGAGAGUGGUGUCUCAGCAAGACGUCGGGAUCCUGCAUUCAAAUAUACGUCAAUCUCAGGAAAAACGGCACGAACAUCUACUUGGCCAACUGCACCAACUUGGCCAACAAGACUUGCUACGGUAUAGACCAAGAGAACGCCAAAAAGUACCGUUGCAUCGCGGACGAAUGUCGCAACUUGACGGGUACCUUCAACUGUACCCUGGGAAUGUGCACAAACAUCACCGACGCCUUCGAGUGUGUCUUCAAAAACGUGGACGCGGGUCUCAAGUGUUCGGGUAGAAGAGGAAAAAUCAACUGCAUAGAAAUGGACGGUUUACAGACUUGCGACAGAGGGUUGUGCAAGGGUAUAAAGACACCAUAUAACUGCGAAAGGAGGUGCCUCGACAUCCCUACCAGGAACAAGAACACUAUAGUGUUGAGUGGUGAUAAAGUGUAUCUCUCUCAGUGUCAGAGAGCUUUAGUGACAGAAACCGAUAAGGAAGUGUGGAACGAAAACCAAGAUAACAUCCUCAUGAUGUCGUGCUACAAUAUAGAAAACACAUCGAUAGGAAUAGCCGCCGUCGACUGCAUCAACGGCACACUCCUCGAGAAGAGCGUCCUAAGCGAUUUGACCAAUUUCACAUAUCUAAGUUACUUGAGCGUGACCAAUACAAAGCUGGUCGACGAGACCAGACAGGUCGCUCCACCAGAAAUUGAUCUGCUAAUCGCCAACGACAGCAAACUGCUCAUUAACAUGGAGGGAUGCGUCAACACACUCAGAGACGAGUGCAAGGAAUUCCUCCGAGAAUACGGAAAAGACGGAUCCGACCACAACGCCCGCGGCAGGUUCCCUUGUUACUACGCCGAAGAGAAAGUGGACGUGGUCGUCGCCAGGUUCAACCUAGAAAAUACCUACAGGGAAUUUGUUUUCGCCUCCGUGGUACCGUCCGUUCUCUUCGUUGUCUCCUGCCUCACAUUGGUCCUCUGCCAGAGAACUGUCGAAGUCGGAGACGACGCCAAAAUGCGCUUCAAAAAACGGGGCGCGGGUGCUACGAGUAUAGGGGCCGACAAGGAAAACUCCAUGGGCGAUACAGGGGGAGGGGAUCACGCAAUGGCACUCUGAGAUCCGUCACGCAUUCCCCUCCUUCAAGACAGCCCAACGCAGCAAGUGUUUUCAUUACAAGACUACUAAAUAAGCACAAUUCAGACCACUUAAUGC